GAGCCGCGCGGCAGCUGGGGAGGGGGCCGCGGCUGGGCGCGAGCGAGCGGAACAGCUGAUCUGGUUUUCCCGAAGCCAGGGAAGAUGGAAGUCGGCUAGCGGCGACUGCGGCGCUGCGGGCGGACCGGCGGGCGGCGCGGCAGAGUUCUCAGGAGCUAGCUGGGCUCUCAUACCUCCCCUGUGGCAACUAUGGGCCAUUUCCAACAAGGACAGUGCCAUGGUGACCCAAAUGCCUGAGUGCCACUCACCUCCGAAGAGCCAGGAGUCUGAAAAGUGGCAGUGACAGAAGAGGAGACUCUUGCGGCUGAAGCUGCGGUGCAUGAGGCGGAGGAAGGAGGCUCCUAACUGGUGCCACAUACAUCAGAUGGAUGGUCUCUAGCCUGCUUCCAAACCCACCCUCGGCUGAGUGCUGGGCAGCACUUCUACAUGAUCCUAUGACGCUUGAUAUGGACGCAGUCCUGUCAGACUUUGUUCGGUCCACGGGGGCAGAACCUGGUCUGGCCAGAGACCUGCUGGAAGGCAAAAACUGGGACCUGACCGCUGCGCUGAGUGACUAUGAGCAGCUCCGACAGGGGCACACAGCCAACCUACCACAUGUGUUCAAUGAAGGGAGGUGUGCCAAGCAGCCCGAGCGAGAACUGCCCCAGCCUGGGCACAAGGUGGAGCGGCCCUGCCUGCAGAGACAGGACGAGAUUGCCCAAGCAGAGAAGCGCCUUUCCCGGGGGAUUUCCCACGCCAGCUCAGCCAUCGUCUCCCUGGCCCGAUCCCACGUGGCAAGUGAAUGUAACAAUGAGCAGUUCCCACUGGAGAUGCCCAUCUACACCUUCCAGCUGCCGGACCUGAGCGUGUACAGCGAGGACUUCAGGAGCUUCAUCGAACGGGACCUGAUCGAGCAGGCCACCAUGGUAGCUCUGGAGCAGGCAGGUCGCCUGAACUGGUGGUCUACUGUGUGCACGAGCUGUAAAAGGCUUCUUCCUUUGGCCACGACAGGGGACGGGAACUGCCUCUUACAUGCCGCCUCACUGGGAAUGUGGGGCUUUCACGACCGGGACCUGGUUUUGCGGAAAGCUCUCUACACCAUGAUGAGGACAGGUGCUGAGCGGGAAGCCCUGAAGCGGAGGUGGAGAUGGCAACAGACACAGCAGAACAAGGAGUCAGGGCUGGUGUACACUGAGGAGGAAUGGGAGCGAGAGUGGACAGAGCUGCUAAAACUGGCCUCCAGCGAGCCUCGCACACACUUCAGCAAGAACAGCAGCGGCACGGGUGGUGGUGUGGACAACUCUGAGGACCCUGUGUAUGAAAGCCUGGAAGAGUUCCAUGUCUUCGUCCUAGCCCACAUACUACGGAGACCCAUUGUGGUGGUGGCAGACACCAUGCUAAGAGACUCCGGUGGUGAAGCGUUUGCACCCAUCCCAUUUGGAGGGAUCUACCUGCCCUUGGAGGUGCCUCCCAACAGGUGCCACUGCUCGCCCCUGGUCCUGGCCUACGAUCAAGCGCACUUCUCAGCCCUUGUGUCCAUGGAACAGAGAGACCAGCAGAGAGAACAAGCCGUCAUCCCCUUGACGGAUUCGGAGCACAAGCUGCUGCCCCUGCACUUUGCGGUGGACCCGGGAAAGGACUGGGAGUGGGGGAAAGACGACAACGACAACGCCCGGCUAGCCCACCUCAUCCUAUCCCUAGAAGCCAAGCUGAACCUUCUACACAGCUACAUGAAUGUGACGUGGAUCCGCAUCCCCUCCGAGACCCGGGCUCCUCUUGCACAGCCAGAGUCUCCAACCGCCUCGGCAGGGGAGGAUGUGCACUCCCUGGCCGAAUCGCUGGACUCGGACCGCGAUUCUGUGUGCAGCAAUUCCAACAGCAAUAAUGGCAAGAACGGUAAGGACAAGGAGAAGGAGAAACAGCGCAAGGACAAGGACAAGACGCGCGCGGACUCCGUAGCCAACAAGCUGGGCAGCUUCAGCAAGACGCUGGGCAUCAAGCUGAAGAAAAACAUGGGCGGGCUGGGCGGCCUGGUGCACGGUAAAAUGGGUCGCGCCAACUCUGCCAACGGCAAGAACGGCGACAGCGCCGAACGCAGCAAGGAGAAGAAGUCCAAGUCGCGCAAAGGCAGUAAAGAGGAAUCGGGGGCGUCAGCUAGCACCUCGCCGUCGGAGAAGACCACGCCGUCGCCCACGGACAAGGCGGCGGGAGCGUCGCCGGCCGACAAGGGCAACGGGCCAAGGGGCGACGCCUGGAAGUACAGCACGGACGUGAAGCUGAGCCUCAACAUCCUGCGCGCCGCCAUGCAGGGCGAGCGCAAGUUCAUCUUCGCCGGCCUGCUGCUCACCAGUCACCGGCACCAGUUCCACGAGGAGAUGAUCGGCUACUACCUGACCAGCGCGCAGGAGCGCUUCAGCGCGGAGCAGGAGCAGCGGCGUCGGGACGCUGCGGCCGCCGCAGCCACCGCCACGGCCACGGCCACGGCCACGGCCACGGCCAAGCGACCGGCGCGCAGGCCGGAGGCGGAGGGGACGCCGGGCCCGGAGCGCGCCUCGCCGGGCCCGCCAGCUGCGGCGCCCACGCAGCUGGUGCUCAAGCUCAAGGAGCGGCCGAGCCCGGGAACUGGCGCGAACGCGCGGGCGACGCGGGCGGGGGGCGGUGCUGCGUCCCCGGGCCCGGGCGGCGGCGCGCGGCGCGCGGGGACCGGCACGGGAGGAUCGGCCCCAGGUCGCAGCCCUCCCGCGCCCGCGCGCCAAAGCGUCAUCCACGUGCAGGCGGCGGCCCGGGACGAGGCGUGCGCGCCGGCCGUGGGCGCGCUGCGACCGUGCGCCACCUACCCGCAGCAGAACCGCUCGCUGUGGUCGCAGAGCUACAGCCCGGCGCGCACCGCGCUGCGCACGGUCAACACGGUGGAGUCGCUGGCGCCCGGCGGAGCCGACUCCCCGGGGCCCGCGGAGCACAAGUCGCAGACCUACAGCAACGGCUUCGGCGCGGCCCGCGACGGGCUGGAGUUCGCCGACGCCGACGCGCCGGCCGCGCGCUCGAACGCUGAGUGCGGCCGCGGAGGCCCCGGGCCCGCGCAGCGGCGCUGCCAGCGAGAGAACUGCGCGUUCUACGGGCGCGCCGAGACCGAGCACUUCUGCUCCUACUGCUACCGCGAGGAGCUGCGACGGCGGCGCGAGGCGCGCGCUGCGCGGCCCUGAGCCGCCCAGGACUGCUUUUUUUCCAUCCUGUGGGUCUUUUUUUACUUGCUCUGGUCAGCCGAAGGGCCGGCGCCUCCUCGGUCAGUGCCGUGUACGUGUUUGGUCAAACGUUCCUAAUGGUGCCUGAACCUACACUGAUGCCACUCAGGUAGUAGACGGAUAGGAAACAAGUCAUACUGUUGGAAGUGGGUGUGCUAGCCUAGCAUCUGCCUCGUACCUGUGGAAACUCAAUAGCCAUUGCAAGAGUAUUUUUGUUCCUCUAUACGAGAAAUAAAGAAAAUCGCAGCCCUUUGUUUUUAGAAGGGAGUGUUUUACAUGCUUUUUUUCCCCCUAACCUAGGGACUGACCUCUUCCAAGUAGCGGUUACUUGCGUGCAGUUGGUAGCACGCAGGGUUUAGAAGCAAACGCGCAGCCCGGCCUGAGGUGGAGCCUCCUCCGCGGCUCCCACCUGCUUCCCACCUGGGUCCCUGGAGACCUCCAGCAGGCACCUCGCUACCCGCUGACGCUGGCCCCUUAGGACUCCCCAGCUCCAUCUCAUAAGC